AUGGACAGGAUCCAUUCGGAAAGUUCCUCGGAGGGUUCAUCAACCUCUGAGGAAGGUGAAGGUCAGGUGGAGUGUGUUACAGAGGAUGAUGAUGCUGCUAGUGCCAUUACUGAAGAUGAUUCACAAAGAGAGGUGGGGGAUUUAUCAAUUUCUCAGCAAGGAAAAGAAGGUCAGGCAUCAUCAAUUCCGAAAGCAGAUACGAAUGAAAUUGUUGAAGGGGGCUCUGCUGGAAUAAAAGGAAAAGAUGGUGAUACGGGUCAAUCUUCUACAACAGAUGGUAUAUUAACUGAUUCUGGAACUUCCGAUGGAACAGAUAAGGGUACAGAUUUACCCACCACCCCCACAGUGGUCAAAGACGGAGGAUUUCCUUCCCUCAUUCCGUACAUCUCUCUUGUUUUCGUCGUGGUUGUCGGCAUUAGCAUCUUCGUCUUCUUUCUUUGGAAGGGUUAUGACAACAACGUUCCCCCUAAAAUAUUACUUAUACUGUUUUCGUGCGUGAAGUACUUCCCCUUCGCAGAGGGACGUCGACGAAGGAGACGUUACAAACAUAUGGAACAAAUGCGGGGUCCCUCUCUGGAAGAGGAAAUCACGGACCACAUGGAACACGUCAAUAUACCAACUGCGUCCUUUGGCUACACCAUGACGAAAAGGCGACCAUCCCUCAGAUCUACGCCGCAAAAGCAACACAAAAGAGUGAACAAGCGCACCAUUAUUGAUAUCCACUUAGAAGUCCUAGACGAAUGCAAGAAAGCAGACUGGGAAUUAACGAAGCAAGACUUGCUCGAAAUCCUCGCACUCGAGUUUAUGCAAAAGGAACAUAGUGCAUGUAUGAAGGACCAAAACAUAGGUAAUUACAGAACAAAAUGUAACAAUGUGUCAUUCGACGAUCCCAUAGGGACGGAUACAGGACUUAGUACAGGACGUGGUUCCAUGGUUCAGAUUCCUAGGGAUAGGGUUCAUAGGGUGGUGGUUCCUAGAUUGGAGGUUCGUGGGAUGGAGUUUCCUGGGUUCGACAAUAUAGAACAGGAGGAAAAAGAAGAAAAGGAAAAAUUCAAGAAUAUACUCCGACAUCGGUCCAUUCGGACCUGA